AUGUCUUGGCCCCCCCUCCCCAAACCCGACCGGCAAAACACACUCGAAUGGCCUUGGUGGGAGGUUGAUUUGGAGGAAGAUGAUCUUUGCGGCUUUCUCUACAAGAAGUACAAUACAGCCACCAUCUUCCUGCAGGACCUGCCCUCCUUCUAUCGGGACGUGGUUGAGCUGGUGCGGGAGACGAAAACCGGCAGUAAGGACGAAUUUCUGCGCCUUCUCGGUGAGAGAAAAGCGAGACGGGAAAAGGAAAUCACCUUAGCCCACGGCCAAACGUGUGCUGCCCUUGCACAUGGGGGCCAAACCCUCAGUGCAUCACAAUAUCGAAAUCUCUUGCGAUGGACCCAGUACUCGAGCCUGGAUGCCUUGGUGCAAUUCCUGGCGUCCUUUGGGCCUGACAGCGGUGGUAACGAACGACUGUCAACUGGUUCGUGCUUCUUGGCCAACGCAGCGCCUUACUGA